AUGCAUGUCUUGGAAUGUUUCCUCCUAUUGUUGUCUCUCUUCAUCCUCUUACCUUCUGAUGCUUUUUCCAGCGAUGAAGCUUCUUUCAUUGCACGUCGCCAAUUGUUAACCCUUGAGGAGAAUGCUGAUUUACCCGACGAUUGGGUGGAUAAUUACCAAAUUAACCUAACCUUCGAUAAUCCUAGACUCAAGAGUGCCUACAUUGCCCUUGAAGCAUGGAAGCAUGCUAUCUAUUCUGACCCAUCAAACUUCACAUCUAAUUGGGUGGGCCCUGAUGUUUGCUCUUACAAUGGAGUUUAUUGUGCUCCAGCGCUUGAUGACCCUUCGAUUCAAGUUGUGGCUGGCAUUGAUCUUAACCAUGCAGAUAUUGCAGGCUACAUCCCUUCAGAGAUUGGGUUGUUAACUGAUCUUGCACUUUUGCACAUAAACUCUAACAGGUUUUGUGGCAUUCUCCCAAAAAGCUUCUCCAAGUUAAAGCUCUUGUAUGAGAUUGAUAUCAGCAACAACCGUUUUGUGGGUCCAUUUCCAAACCCUGUUCUCUCUAUAUCUUCUCUUCAUUACCUUGAUCUUAGGUUUAAUGACUUCGAAGGCGAGGUUCCAUCGGAGCUUUUCAAUAUUACAUUAGAUGCAAUCUUCUUGAACAACAAUAGGUUUACAUCUGCGAUGGACAAUACAUUGAAUGAGUUUGUUGUGACGAACAACAAGCUUACGGGGUGCUUGCCCCCAGAGAUUGGAAAGCUUAGCCACAUGGAGGUGUUUGACAUUAGUGAGAACAACUUGGUUGGUGUGUUGCCAAGGACAUUGAUGGGAUUGAAGGAAGUGACAGUGUUGUCGAUUGCAGACAACAAGCUUACCGGUUUUGUGCCAAAAAGCAUAUGUGAGUUGGAGAACUUGAAGAACUUUACGUUCUCGAACAACUAUUUCAACGGUGAGGAAGAGGGUUGUAACCCUAAAACAAGAAAGGGGAUCAAGUUGGAUGAUCAAAAGAAUUGCAUACCAGAAAGGCCAAAACAGAGGGAUGGAAGCGCUUGUAAUGCUGUCAUAAGCAAGCCUGUUGAUUGUAGCAAGGCACAGUGUGAGAAACCAAUGCCAAUAACACCAUCACCAAAUAAUCCUUCUAAACCUUCAAAAGAGAAACCAACUCCAACGCCCUCCUCACAUAAUAACAAGAAACCACAACCUACACCUUCUCCAAAUGAAAAGAAAACACCGUCGUCGCCAAAGCCAACUCCUUCUCCAACUAGGAAGCCAACAUCAACACCACAGACUCCAACACCGUCAAAUCCAAAACCACCUAAAGCACCUAAGCAUGAUGAUGAUUAUGAUGAUCAUUAUGAAGAACCUAAAGAACGAAAUAGGCCUCCAAAAUCUCCACCUCCAUCUCCAGCUUCAGUAGUACAUUCUCCUCCUCCUCCACCAAUCUACUCUCCACCACCUCCACCAAUCCAUUCUCCACCACCACCUCCAGUUCACUCCCCACCACCACCCAUCAACUCUCCACCACCACCUAUCUACUCUCCUCCUCCACCAGUUCUCUCCUCGCCACCGCCUAUCUACUCUCCUCCACCAGUAGUGCAAUCCCCACCACCACCCAUUUAUUCUCCUUCUCCACCAGUUUUAUCCCCACCACUCCCACCACCAAUCUACUCUCCUCCACCACCUGUUAACUUUCCUCCUCCACCGGUAUAUUCUCCCCCACCACCAAUCUACUCUCCUCCACCACCCACCUACUCUCCUCCUCCUCCUGUUGUUUAUGCACCACCACCCCAAGAAGAUGAUAUCGUUAUUCCACAUGACUUUGGUUCUUCAUAUGCUUCUCCUCCGCCACCAAUUAUCUCUGGCUACUAAAUGACUGGCACAAGUUACUGCUACUUAUACUACUCUGUGCUUUGAAAUUGGCAUCUCCAUCGAGUUAAACUCACAUCACGGCAAUAUGUUUUUCUUUUCU